UUGUUUGUUCUUCGUCUCUCUCUCUCUCAAGAUCCCUCCCUCGCAGAAGAGAAACCCUAACUCAUCUCUCACCGGAGAAGAACGACGAAUCCGCCGCCGAAUCGGAGAUCUUCCACUCCCUCCUCAACGAAAAUGACUUCCUCGUCGUCGUCAUCGAGGAAUCUACCCAAAGAGAAUCCAAUUUCUCGCCCGAGCGUAGCCAAAACCCGAGCCCCACUCGGCGACGUCGUAAACCGCCGUAAUCCCCUAGGAGACAUCACGAACCAGAAAACCGGAUCUAGAAUCUCCGCUCCGUCGUCUACUCUCGUGCGUUGUUCGAAUAAGAUCGGGAGAUCGAAGAAGGCAUCGAAACCUCCCAAGCCAAACGCGAAAUCGAACCUACUCGUUCCUUACGAAGACAUCAUCGAAUCGCCUCAACGUAACGCAGAGUCAGAUCUGGGAAAUGAUGCUGAUGAGGUUGAUGAUAUCGAUAGUAACCUCGUGGAUCCACAGCUCUGUGGUGCCUUUGCUUGUGAUAUCUACGAGCAUCUGCUUCUAUCCGAGGUAAAGAAAAGGCCUGCUUUUGAUUACAUGGAGAGAGUUCAGCCAAACAUCAAUGCUACCAUGCGUACUAUACUCAUUGACUGGCUCGUGGAGGUUGCUGAAGAGUAUAGGCUUUUGCCUGAGACGUUGUACCUGGCGGUGAACUGUUUGGACCGGUAUCUUUCAGGGAAUGUGAUUACCAAGCAGAACCUGCAGUUGCUUGGUGUUUCAUGCAUGAUGAUUGCUGCAAAAUAUGAAGAAGUGUGUGUGCCUCAAGUGGAGAGUUUCUGUUACAUCACUGAUAACACAUACUUAAGAAACGAGCUUCUGGAAAUGGAGUCUUCUGUUCUGAAUUACCUAAAGUUCGAAUUAACAACUCCAACAGCAAAAUGUUUCUUGAGGCGCUUUGUUCGUGCUGCUAAAGGCAAAACUGAGGUUCCAUCACUGCUGUUUGAGUCACUAGCGAGCUAUCUCAGCGAAUUAUCUCUCUUAGAUUACGCUAUGCUUCGCUACGCUCCAUCACUUGUCGCAGCCUCUGCUGUUUUCUUGGCACGAUACAUAUUGCACCCUUCAAGAAAACCAUGGAGCUCUACGUUAGAGCAUUACACAUCGUACAGGGCUAAACAUUUGGAAGCAUGCGUUACGAAUCUUCUUCAGCUAUGUCAUGAGAGUCCCUCAGCCGAUGUAGUUGCAGUCAGAAAGAAGUACAGUCAAGACAAGUACAAGUUUGCAGCAAAGAAGUUUUGCCCCACCUCACUGCCACAAGAGCUCUUCCUCUGAUUUGGGUUUCUUGGUGCUUCCUUUUGUUUUUUUCCUCUGUAUUGUUGAUAGAAGAAACUCACUGGGUCAGAGACCAAAUGUAUUCAGUUCGAUUGAUGUGUAGGACCAAUGUAAUGAACAUAACAACAAUUAAUAAAAAG